AUGGCAGUAGCUAGGAUCGUUGUCGGAGCAAACCCGACCGGAAAUCUCCGUGAAGCGGUGUCACAUUUAUAUCAUCUGACUCAGUCACUGAUGAUAAACAAGAUGAACAAACACAGGAAGCAGAUGGCAGAGGAGUUCCUGAGCCAGGCCCUGGGCAUCAUCUGCCUGCUGACCGGAGAGGAAUAUGUCAUUGUGAAAAAGAGACACUCCCAGAACACUAUUCACCGGCAGAGUAGAGAGGUGCCUAUAAAGUGUGAUGACGUUGCUGUGUAUUCCUCUAUGGAGGAGUGGGAGUAUAUAGAGGGACACAAGGAGCUUUACAAGGAUGUUAUGAUGGAGACUCACCAAGCACUAAGUACUAUGGAGAUCUCAGAAAACAAGAGCUCAGAAUUAACAGGUCACAGUGAUGAAAAUCUAGACACAGGAGCACAUGGUGAAUUUCUACAGAAUAUUCAGCCAGUGGAAACCCCAUCAGACGUUGCUGCAGAUGUAACAGGUCACAGUGAUGAAAAUCUAGACGUGGGAGUACGUGGGGAAUUUGUACAGAAUAUUGAGCUUGUGGAGACCUCAUCAGAUGUUACUGCAGGUGACAUAGAUGUUAAAACAGAAGAUCUAAGUGUAACGUGUCAGCUGGAAGCUCCAAUGCAGAAAAUGUGUGACAGCGACAAUGCAGAUAAAAAUGAUGUUAAGAUUUCAUGUAACACGGAACAAACAGAAAAUCAGUGGCUAAGAAAUAUCACAGAAGCUGCAGAGAAGGAAAUACUUCAGAAUAAUAGUACAGAUAAAAAUGAUGUUAAGAUUUCAUGUAACACGGAACAAACAGAAAAUCAGUGGCUAAGAAAUAUCACAGAAGCUGCAGAGAAGGAAAUACUUCAGAAUAAUAGUACAGGGAACGGUUUUUGUUUUUUUAUUUCAGAUAAAAAUGAUGUUAAGAUUUCAUGUAACACGGAACAAACAGAAAAUCAGUGGCUAAGAAAUAUCACAGAAGCUGCAGAGAAGGAAAUACUUCAGAAUAAUAGUACAGGUGCUGUUAAGACUGAAGUCACACUUAAUGCUGAACAAACAUAUGAUCUGUAUGUAAAGAGUCAGCUGGAAGUUUUGAAGCAGGAAAUCAGUGAUAAUAUCAGUACAGGUGAACUCACAAACUGCAAUAAUCCUAGACAUGGCCAGAAUCCUGAUGCUUUCGGUGUUCUUCAAAAUCAAAGCAGCCACAUGGGAAAUGUAUGUUCUGAAUGUGGGAAAUCUUUUACCUGGAAAUCCAAACUUAUUACUCAUCAGAAAAUUCAUACAGGAGUGAAAGCAUUUCCAUGUCCUGAAUGCGGGAAAUGUUUUUCGCUGAAAUCAACUCUUACUAAUCAUCUGAAAAUCCAUACAGGAGAGAAAGCAUUUCCAUGUUCUGAAUGUGGGAAAUGUUUUACUCUGAAAUCAAAUCUUGUUGCUCAUCAGAAAACUCAUACAGGAGAGAAAGCAUUUUCAUGUUCUGAAUGUGGGAAAUGGUUUGUCCAGAAAUCAAAUCUUAUUACUCAUCAGAAAACUCAUACAGGAGAGAAAGAGUUUUCAUGUUCUGAGUGUGGGAAAUGUUUUGCUCGGAAAGCAACACUUUUUGAUCAUCAAAAGACUCAUACAAAAGAAAGGGCAUUUUUGUGUACUGAAUGUGGGAAAUCGUUUACUCAGAAAUCAACUCUUAUUACACAUAAGAAAAUUCAUAUUAAAGGGAAAUCAAAUUCUAACCUCUUAAGUGCAGAGGAUAUUGACUACAUGUUGUCCUCCUGGGGCAGGAGCUUUGGAGCUAAUCCCGGGCCCCCCUGCACCUUAAGCAGUUACAAAGAAGCACAGUAUGUUCAGAAUCAUUAUCACCAGGGAAUCUGAGAAUGCCAAUGAUGUCACCAAGUGGAAGUGCCGAGAUGCUGAAGUCUAGAGAGAGCUGGAUAAGGGCUAGUAUUAAAAUCUUUAAAUCUCAGCACCCUUAAUGUCUAGAAAUCCCUAAAACCCACUAUUUGAAAGGCAAUAUGAGUAAUUUGGCUAUAUAAAUUUUAAGUUACAAAGAAGCACAGUAUGUUCAGAAUCAUUAUCACCAGGGAAUCUGAGAAUGCCAAUGAUGUCACCAAGUGGAAGUGCCGAGAUGCUGAAGUCUAGAGAGAGCUGGAUAAGGGCUAGUAUUAAAAUCUUUAAAUCUCAGCACCCUUAAUGUCUAGAAAUCCCUAAAACCCACUAUUUGAAAGGCAAUAUGAGUAAUUUGGCUAUAUAAAUUUUAAGUACAAUAUUAAGAAAAAAAUAAAUUGUACUGACCCCUUGUUUAAAGCCAAGAAGCCUCUCUUUUCAAUAAGAUCCCUGUAUAGGAUUGAAUAGACAGUUGAUCACUCUGGUAAUAGUGAUCACCUGGCAUGAAUUAAUGUGUAUUUAUUUGAUAGAGGUCCAUGUGAGUCCAUAUAUGCAGAUCAAAGUUAUAUAAAUACACUACAGUGUUCUCCAUAGACAAAUUUGCCAGCCAGGUGGCAUUCUGAAGUAGUCAGGUGAGGGCAGUGUAGGAAUUUCUAAUAUUAUAUCAUUUUCUGCUAUCCAAAAUACAAAUAAAUUGCAUAAUUCAAUAUAAAUGUAUUUAAUAAUAAUGUAUGCAAUAAAAAUUGAGCAUUUUUAAUAUUAGCUAAUUUUAGUUUAAUAUUGACUAAAAUUUUAGUCAGGUGGUCAGUAAAAUCAACCAGGGGGUGCAGCCACUAAAAAGGUCCUUUGGAGAACACUGAACUAAAAGGCCCUCAUUUAUAUGAUAAUAUAUGCUUCUUUGAAAUGUAGGUACUUUUGAGGGCAUUAUAGUCAGGUGAACGCUGAUGUAAGUGUGUUUCCAUAGCUGGAAUUUGUUUUACUAGAUGCAUAGGUGAUCAAUUAUAACUUAUCUUCUACCCCCCACUGAACUUAUUUUGCUGGUUAUGUUUUAUAUAGCCUAUACAUUAGUAUUGAAAUGUUCAGUAUGGGUGUGGAUAUCACAGGCACAAGGAGCUAUUUUAAAUGGAAAAUAAAGGUAAAUUAGAUAUCUGUUAAGAUUGUAAUACACUCCAUCAGGUAAACUGGACAAUUGGAAACAAAUUAAAUGGGAGAAAAAUUUAGAGUGCACAGCCCUUUUAAGUAUAACCCGUUGUUUAGUGUUUUUAUUAAAACAAUGAAAUAAACUGUUUAUAUUAAUUUAA